AUGAGCAGGCGAGGUUCAGCGCUGUCUCUUAAUGACAGGCAGAACGACACCCUCAACGCGUUCGAGAACUUCAAGAAGAAGUGUCUCCUCGCAAACACCCACAUCACCAAACUCAACUCCACGCUCAGCAUCCGGAUCGAGGAACUCAAUGCCCAGAUCUCCACGCUCCACGUCGAGAAUCUGCGUCUGCGCGCGUCCGAGAUCAAGCUGACCGCCCAGCUCAAGAAGGAGAAGGACAAGUCGCGUAAGGUCAUGGCGGACACCGAGGCUGCGACCCACAAACUCACAAAACACCUCCACUUCCUCCGCGACUCCCUGCACAUCCCGCACGGCCCGCCCUCGCCCACCCCCGAGUCCGCGCCCGCGCAGCGCACCGCCAGCAGACCCACCCCCGCUACCUGCGGCUCGACAAUGGUGCCGCGCAUCUCGCGCCCGCCAAACGUUCCGGGGAUCUGCGAAGAGGACGAGACGGGGGAAGGGGAGGGAGAAGGGGAGGGGGAAGCCGAGGACGACGAGCCGCGGAUACCGAGCCCGACGCUCCGGCGCAAGGCGAACAAGAACAGGCUGUCGGCGUCGCGUUUGCCGCUGCCUGCGAGGGCGCCGACGCCGACUGAGCUGGCGCCAGCAUCUGUGGAGGAGAAGAAGAGCGGGAAGAAGAAGAAGGAGCUGUCGGCGAGGAGACAGGGCGGUAUGCUUGGUGAUCCCACCGGGCUUCCAGAUGGCGACGAGGUGCUCGUGCCGCAUCGGUCGCCGACGCCCAUGCAAGGGUCGUCGACAGCGGUGUACCGCGAUGCUCCCAUCGAGAUCGACGAAGACGAGGCGGGUGUGGCCGAGCAGGUCGCCGCGCCUUCAACUUCACGCAAGGAGAAGGAGCGCACAAAGGAGAAGGAAAAAGCGAGAGAAAAGAAACGGCCGUCGAGCCGCUCGAGCGAGGAAAACGCCGCGUAUAGCACUGUGGACGAGUCCGAGUCGGGCAAGUCCUCGGCGGCAGCGUCCAGUGGGUCGCGGGACUCGAAGGAGAACGAGAAGAAGCGCAAGCGCGACGCGCGCGACGAGGUACGCGAGUACGAGCUUGCGACGCCCGAGGGCACGGCGGUUCAGCUCAAGCUGAGGCUCAAGGACGUGACUAACUCGCCGCGGAGUCGGAGCAGGGCGCAGUUGCCACCGAUUGAUACGACCGACCUCGACCGCCACCACUCCCAUAACGCACGGACGCACUCUGCGCCCUCUGCGUCGUCCAUGUCCAUGUCUACGUCCGACGCCGAGCAGCCGACGCCGCUCUCGACGAUGUCAGCUACGACAGCGACGUCUGCGAGUACUUCACGCACGUUCUUGUCCAAUAACAGCGCGCUCAGCACACCUGCGACGACACCCGCGCCCUCGUGCUUGCCGACGCCGCGAACGAGCACACCUCCGCCGCCGCCGUUCCCGGACGAAGACGCGACGUCGGUCGGCGGGCGCGAGCGGAGAGCGAGGAGGAGCGUGAAUUAUGCGGAGCCGAAGCUCAAUACCAAAAUGCGCAAGCCCGACCCGCAGCCCGGCUCCGCGCCCGCGCCGGCUCCGAAGGGGAGCAGGAAACGCGUGUCCUCGCCGCCUGUUAUGCCUAUGUCUGCGACGUCCGCGUCUGCGCUGGCGUCUGCGAUCUUCGAGUCGGGCGCGGGGGAACCGAUGGACGUUGAUGCGGAUCUGACGCCCCGUCCGCAUCGCCGGCGGUCGAAGGAGAGCGUGCAUAGUGUGCAUGAUGAAGACGCCGAGGAUGCGAUCGAGGAGGAGGAUUGUGCGGGGGAUGAUGACGGGGAGUAUAUCCCGCCGGCUCAUGCGCGCCGUGUCUCCGCUGCUUCCUCUUCCUCCUCGGCGGGUAAACGCCCGUCCGUGGCGGACGCGCUCGUCCUGCCCCCGCGCUCGAGCUCGGUAGCGUCCUCGAGCUCGGGCGUGACCACGAAGCGCAAGAAAUCGCGGGCGCAUGGCUCGUCGUCGUCGUCGGCAUCGUCGUCUACCAUCGCGCAUUCCCGCUCCCAGUCGCACUCCAACGCAGAAUCAGGGUCAGAAUCGGAGGUUUCAGAUCCCGACUCGGGGUCGGACAGCGCGGGCACGCAGGGGGAUGCUGAGUAUGGCGGGCUGGGUGCUGUUGCUGCUGGCGGGGCGUGGGUGGGCGCUGCUGAUUCGGGGCGGCGGCGCUCUGUCGCGCACGGUAAACGCGCGUCUUCGGCGGGCGGAAGUGGGAGUGGGAGUAGGGGGUUUGGGGACGGGGAUGAUGCGCGAAGGCAUAGUAUGGCUGUCUAG